AUGAAUUUCAAUUGUCUUCAGGAAGUAUUCAAUCCUGUUGAUGAAAUUAAAAAAAUGUUAGAAGGAGAGUAUAAAGUAACAAUUUCAGAUGGAAAUAAAAAUAAAUUAUAUGAGACAAUUUUACCAAAUGAAGAAGCUGAAGAUUCUUAUAGUGAGAAUGAUAGUGAUAUCGAUUAUGAUGAAGAAAGUAAACAAAAGGAUAAAAAUGAUUUUUCUAUAGAAACUCAUGAUAAAGAUAACAAUAUAAGAAAGAAUUGGCCAUUUCAAGAUGAAGACAACGAAAACUCGGAUUCUCUAUUAAACAGAUAUUUAAGUUCCGAAGAAUUCAAUGAAUUCAAAGAGGAGGAGAAUGAACAAAUUUUAUUAAAUGAACAAACUGCAACAAUAAGUGGAGUAACUGCUCAAAAUUCAAAUAUAAGACAAAAUGAAACAAUAAGUGGAGUUUCUCCUCCAAACACAAAUCAAAGACAAAAUGCAACAAUAAAUGCAGUUUCAUUUCCAAACACAAAUCAAAGACAAAAUGCAACAAUAAAUGCA